UUUUUCCAAGUACAUUUUUUAUCUCUGUAUCUGUUAUGGAACCACCACUUAACAGCUGUUUUUGUACAGCAUGUUAUAUAGAUGUGAUCCCGGUAUUCGAAUUAUGUUAGAAAUUUUUUCACUUUUCCGUUCAAAAUGAUUAUAGAAUGUACUUUGUUAUUAACUUGCAUUAAGUUACUCUUAAUACCAGCUUACCAUUCGACUGAUUUCGAAGUACAUCGAAAUUGGCUCGCAAUAACACACAGUUUACCAGUAAAUAAAUGGUAUUUUGAGCAGACUUCAGAAUGGACGCUAGAUUAUCCACCGUUAUUUGCAUGGUUUGAAUUUCUCUUGUCGCAUAUUGCGAAGUAUUUUGAUCCAGAAAUGUUAAAAAUUAGUAAUUUAAACUAUGCAUCAUAUAAUACGAUUCUGUUUCAACGAUUAUCAGUUAUUUUUACUGAUUUUGUGUAUGCGUUAGGGUGUUGUAGAUGCAGUCGAAGUUUUGGUAAAACGUUUCAGUAUCGAAAUGAAUUAUUUUUAAUAUUAUUUGGAAAUAUUGGCUUAUUAAUGGUUGAUCAUAUUCAUUUUCAAUAUAAUGGGAUUAUGUUUGGAAUUCUACUAUUAUCGAUUGCCAACAUGAUUGAGAAUCAAUAUCGUAUGAGUGCAUUUUGGUUUGCAAUUUUAUUAUGUAUGAAACAUAUUUAUGCUUAUAUUGCACCUGUUUACAUAAUCUAUCUGUUACGUCAUUAUUGUUUUACGGAAAAUAAUAAAGAUGGACGUGUUAAAUGGAAAUCAUUUUCAUUAUUACGUCUAUUUAAUUUGGGUGUUAUUGUUCUAACAGUUGUAUAUUUUACAUUUGCGCCAUUUUAUAAUCAUAUUCCACAGGUGUUUUCGCGAUUAUUUCCAUUUAAACGUGGCUUGUGCCAUGCUUAUUGGGCACCAAAUUUUUGGGCCUUAUACAAUUUUUUAGAUAAAUUUGCAGUUAUUUUAUAUGGGAAAGUAGGGAUGAAAAUUCCUACAAACAACACAUCGGCUGUAAUGACUGGUGGUUUAGUACAAGAAUAUUCGCAUAUCAUUUUACCAACAAUUACACCAUUAAUAACAUUCCUUUUAACAUUCUUUAUAAUGUUACCAAUUUUAAUAAAAUUAUGGAUUUUACCAAAACAUUUCAAGGCAUUACAUUUUGUACGUGCAAUUGUACUAUGUGCAGCUGUUAGUUUUCUUUUUGGAUGGCAUGUACAUGAAAAAGCAAUUUUAUUGUUAAUUAUUCCAUUCAGUAUUGUGGCUGUGAAUUAUAAAGAUGAUGGAAAAUUAUUUUUAUUAUUAACAACAAUUGGACAUUAUUCAUUAUUUCCAUUAUUAUAUCCAAAGAAUCUACUUACAAUUAAAGUGUUACUAUUAUUAAUUUACACAACUUUUGUAUAUUAUACGAUACGUAAAAUACGUGAACCAAUUAUACGUGUGUUAAAUCUAAUGGAAUUAUUUUAUAUUAUAGGUUUAAUACCAUUAUUUAUUUACGAACAUGUUUUACAUUUUAUGUUAAAAUUUGAUGAAAAAUUACCAUUUUUACCAUUAAUGUUAACAUCUGUUUAUUGUUCAUUGGGUGUUAUUUUUUUUUCUAUACGAUAUUAUGUACAAUUUUUAACAAUUAAAUAA